UUCGUAUCCUCUUUACCAUCAUCGUGUGUGACCUACAAACAUUCAGAUACUCAUUCCCCACUCUCGCAUUAGAAACCUUUUUUCAUCAUGUCACGCGAUAAACAUGAACAUGAUAGCUCAACUAGACGUCUGGCUGCCAUUGCAGGUCAAUUAGGCAGCGUAACAUCUUCCUCCGUUCAAACCAUCGCUCGUCGUCCUAUGCCUUCUUCGAGACCACAAAAAGAAUGGCGUCAUCUUCCAACAUUCAAAGAAUUACCAAGAGAAGGUGGUUUCCCCGGUUGUGCAUGGAACGUUUUCGGAGCAGGUGAUCAAUUAGGUACAGUGAACUUGUUAACAGAUCAUGUGAUCGCAAGAACAGCAAAAGAAGAAAUUCGUACAGGUCAUGCGAUCUCACUUAAUUGGCCAAUUCAUUUACCCCUCACACCUUUCUUCGGUCGUCGUGCUGCUCAACAUAAAUUAUUGGCGAGACGUGCUCAUGAUUUCGCUGAACGAAGGGAAGCUGUUCAAGAUACAAUGAAACGUAAAGGAUACCAUGUAGAAACAAGAACCGAAAACGAUGAUCCAUCUCAAGGUCCACUUUCCGAUGAUGAAUUACACAUUAAUACCCAAAGCGGUACGCAAUGGGAUGGUUUGCGUCAUUAUGGACAUAUCUCACUCAAUUGUUUCUAUCAAGGUAUUCCAAGAAAGGAUAUCCAUUCCACCUUCGACCAGAAUGACCAUACACAAAAUCCAUAUGCAGACGUCAAAUCACAUGCAGCUCAAUUGGGCAUUCAAAAUUGGGCACAACAUGGUAUCGUUGGUCGCGGUGUUUUGUUAGACGUUUGGGGUUAUCUAUGGCGCAAACAUGGUCGUCAACCUUAUGAUCCUGUUUCAACUCAUGCAAUCACUUUGGAUGUCUUGAAAGAAGUUGCUCGUGCUCAAGGUGUUCGAUUCCGUCAAGGUGAUAUUCUCUUGAUUCGUGCCGGAUUCGUACAAAGGUAUCAGAGUUCAACCGUUCAAGAACGUGAACAAUGGGCCAAACAACCUGCUCCAACACUUGCAGGACUUGAACAAGGCGAACAUAUGUUGGAAUGGAUUUGGGAUAAUCAUUUCGCAGCAAUUGCCUCUGAUCAACCUGCUUUGGAAAGAUGGCCUUGUCCAACUGGAUCUACCUUGUUGCACGAAACGCUAUUAUCGCUUUUCGGUAUGCCAAUCGGUGAAAUGUUUGACUUGGAAGAACUUUGUAUGCACGCCCAACGUACACGAAGAUGGACAUUCUACUUUAGCAGCUGGCCAAUGAACAUUUACGGUGGUGUAGCCUCACCCGCAAAUGCGUCGGCAACAUUCUAAAUUUUCGGCACAAUUCUCAUCAGAUAUACUCUAUACAUAUUGCUGUUGUAUAAAUGCCAAUGAAAAAAGUACAUGCUUAUC